AAUUCAAAAUAAUGUCUCUGCUUCAACUCACUGAUCGGAUAUGUUCCUCACCAACAUCGCCAACUUCCUCCUCUACCAUCCGCAAAACGCAGCUCCUUGAUGUCAUUUUCGAGGACUUGAUUCGCGUUUCCAAUUCCAACUCCGUUUUGUUCUCUUACUUUCGCAUCCUCUGCGCCUCGAGAUCAAAAUGCUAAUUGAAGAUUGCUCCAAUGGAAGAAGCAAGUUCAAUCUGCUCGUGCAAAUCGAAACCGUCGCCGACACCUUCCACAGGCUCACCGGAGAACUAUCCACGCUCCUCGAUGUUUUCCCUCUCCAAGAACUCCACCUAAAUGACGACGUUCAGGAACUCGUUAUCCUCCUGCGGAAACAGUGCUCUGAAUCCAUACCGUUCGUCGAAGCCGAACAGAUUUCUUGUAUUGGUGUUGAUAACAUGUGCAUAAUCGUAGAUGUUGUGAAACGGCAACCCUUAGGUUUACCAACUGAAGAAAAAAUAAGCAAUGCAAUGGGUGAAAUUGGACCUUCAAUAACACUGGCCAGCUUAUCAGAGAUUCUAGCAUUUGCUGUAGGAUCAUUUGUUUCUAUGCCAGCAUGCCAUGUUUUCUCCAUGAUUGCAGCUUUGGUGGUUCUACUGGACUUCCUUCUACAGAUUACUGCCUUUGUAGCUUUGGUUACAUUAGAGUUUAAUGCUUCAACAUGAAAGGACUCU